AUGGGGUUCCCCGUCCGGCCUAUCCUCUUUUCUUCCAUCUGCUCUCUAGUUUUCAUCUCUGCUUUGUUUCUCUUAAGCUUUAUAUCUUCAUGGUUGUACCUGUUGUUCUUCUUCUCCACUGUUUCUAUUUGCUGCUGCCUUCUGGCUUUGAAUCUUUGUCAUAAACCAAGAGCAGCAACACCGCUGAUCCACACAUCUUCAGCUACCACCAAUACAGAAAUAACUCCUGCUCCUCCUCCUCUUCCCUCCUCUUCCUCUUCACCACCUUUAAAACUCACCUACGAUGUGUUCCUCAGUUUCAGGGGUACAGACACCCGUAAUAAUUUCACAGACCAUCUUUAUACCGCUCUCACACAGAAAGGAAUAAUCACAUUUAGAGAUGAUGAAGAACUUGAGAGAGGGGAAUCAAUUUCUCCGAAUCUCUCCAAAGCAAUUGAAGAAUCAAGAUAUGUAAUUGUGGUUUUUUCUCAAAACUAUGCCGAUUCUGCGUGGUGUUUGGAUGAGCUUGCAAAAGUCGCUGAAUGCAGGCGAGCCAUAGGACUAAAAGUCCUCCCUGUGUUCUAUCACGUUGGUCCCUCUGAGGUACGAAGACAAACAGGGGAUCACUUUGGGAAAGCAUUUGAGAAGCAUCAAGAGCGUUAUGGAGGCAAUCUAGACAAAUUGCAGAGGUGGAAAGACGCACUUGCUGAUGUAGGCAAUCUCUCUGGAUGGCACUUGCAAAAUGGGUCUGAAGCCAAAGUUAUUGAAGAGAUUGUUCAAAAGAUUUUCAAAGAGUUGAAUCAAAUAAUUUCAACAUCUGAAGGUUUGGUUGGUAUGGAUUCUCACCUGAAUGAAAUGCUUUCGUACUUAGACAGUGCGUAUCCUGGUGUUCUUAUCAUAGGGAUAUGUGGGAUGGGUGGUAUUGGUAAGACCACUAUUGCGCAAGUAGUUUUUGGAAGGGUACAAGAUCAGUUUGAAGGUUUCUGUUUUCUUGAGAAUGUUAGAGAGGAAGAACAAUUGGAUGCAUUGUGCAAUCGUACUUGGUUUGGUCCAGGGAGCAGAGUUAUUGUAACAUCGAGAGAUGAACAUUUGCUCAGUGCAUUUGGAGUAGAUGAAGUAUACAAGGUGAAUCCAUUAACUGCUGCGGAAGCUGUCGAGCUCUUUUUUUUAAAAUCCUUUAAGAAAGAUCAGCUGGUUGGAAACGAUUUUCUCCAGCUAGCCAGUGAAUUCUUGGAAUAUGCUGAUGGCCUUCCAUUAGCUAUUAAAGUUUUGGGUUCCUCUCUUCGUGGUAAAAAUGUAAAAUUUUGGUCUAGUUCAUUGGAUAGACUAAAAAACAAUCCUAAUAAAAAAAUUAUCAAUGUUCUUAAAGUUAGUUUUGAUGGAUUGGAAGAGACUGAAAAGAAAAUGUUUUUAGACAUCGCAUGUUUCUUUAAAGGAUGGAAUAUAGAUCAUGUAACAAGAAUACUAAUGGGGACAGACCACUGUCCGGACAUUGAUAUAGAAGUUCUUGUAGAUAAAUCUUUGGUAACUCUAUUUGGAAGUAAAUUGUUGAUGCAUGACUUGGUACAAGAAUUGGGUAGGGAGAUUGUUCGCCAAGAAUGCCGUGAAGAACCUGGAAAACGUAGCAGGUUGUGGAUUCCCAAGGAGAUCAUCCAUGUACUGAAGCGGAGUAAGGCAACAAGUGCAGUCCAAAGCAUAUCCCUCCAAUGUCCGAUAAAAGAUGAUGUCGUUUACACAGUUAGUGACGCUUUCUCAGAUAUGGACAGAUUAAGAUUGCUCCAAAUAUGGAAUGUGAACUUUUCGGGGAACAUAAAACAUCUUUCGAAUGAGCUACAGUAUCUUGAAUGGCAUGAUUGUCCUUUGGAUUCUUUCCCGUCAGACUUCCAACCGGAGAAGCUUGUUGAAGUUCACAUGCCUUUCAGCCUCAUCAAACAACUUUGGGGUGGAAAAAAAGGGUGGAGCUUGCUACGGCAUUUAGAUCUGAGUGAUUCAUACUACUUGAUGUCGACUCCAGACUUUACUGAGGUUCCUGAUCUUGAAAAGUUGGAGCUUCAAUAUUGUACCAGCUUAAAGGAGGUUCACCCGUCUCUUGGAUCUCUGAAGAAGCUUAUCUCUUUGAAUAUGGAAAAUUGCGAGUCUAUUGAGAGCCUUCCACCUUUCACUGCGUUGGAAUCUCUUCAAAUAUUGAAGCUUUCACUCUGUUCAGGACUUAAGAAGUUUCCAGAAAUUGAAGGAAACAUGAAAAGCUUGCUGGAGCUUUAUUUGGAUGGAACCAACAUUGAGGAAUUGCCUCCAUCAAUUGAACGCUUGACUGGUCUUGCCAUUUUGAAUCUAGCAGGCUGUAAAAACCUUUUGCGUCUUCCCAAUACCAUUGGGUGCUUGACAUCUUUGAAAAGUCUCUCUCUACUAAAGUGCUCCAAAAUUGAUGAGAUACCUAAUAAUCUGAAUGGUAUAAAAGCUCUGCAAUGGCUUGCAAUUGGUGGAGCUUCCAUAAGGGAGUUAUCUGUCAUUGUAGGCAUGAAGAAUCUAGAGUACCUAUCCUGCAAAGGAUGUACAUGUCUAGUUUCAGAAUCAUACAAAGGUCUGGCUUCGUUAUCGAAUUUAAUAGAGCUCGACUUGAGUUAUUGCAAUCUGGUGGAUGGAGCAUUUCUUAUUGAUUUUACCAGCCAUUUCUCCUUAACCAAGUUAGAUUUGAGUGGUAAUUGCUUUGUGCGAUUACCUGAAAGUAUCUCUCAACUCUCAAAGCUGAAGACUCUGUACUUGAGUAAAUGCAGACAGCUUCAAUUGCUGCCUAAGAAGCUUCCAGUAAGUCUUCAAUACGUGCAUGCAGAAGAAUGUACAUCACUGACGGAUUACCCAAAUCAAAUCAAAGUAUUGAAUUCAUCGGAGUCGGAAGUGACUACCAUCAAUUCCCUCAAUUCUGCAGCACUUGAAGUCUCGGAACUUUCAAGAAAGUCAAUUUUUCCCAGAAAUGAGGGGGAACCUAUAGCCGUGCAUGUGACAUAUAAGCAUGCAGUAGAGGGGACACAUGUUGAUCAUUUGCCACUCAAAACUCUAGCAUAUCUAAAACAAGAGAAGCACAAUGACAGGUCUGAUUUCACUGCUGUACAUGCUACAGAUGAAAUUCCGGAGUGGUUCAGUACUAUAUCUACUAGAAAUCCCAUUUCAAUGGAAUUACCUCCAAAAUUAGCUGAUGAUAAGAAUUGGAAGGGAUUUGCAGCUUGUGCUAUAUUCUCAGUCAAGGGGCAUACUGCUCUCUCCCUUAUUGAACAGGAUCCUGAUUUUCUUAAUUACUCGUAUCAAAUGACAUUGGGAACUGAAGUUAUGCAUCUGGAACCAUUGGUGGUUGAGUGCCAAAAAUCAAGUUCUCAUGAGUUAAGUUCUCAUGUGCUUUCGAUUUUCUAUAUAUCUAAUUUGACGUUUCUACAGAGGAAUAAGAACUUAAUCAAUAGAUCAACUGUGGUGAGGGCUGUAUUUGAAACCACUAAUCCAUCCAAGAUGGUCCAAAAAUGUGGAAUUCGUCUCGUCUACAAGGAAGAUGCUGGAUGGUAUUACAGAAUAAUGUUCGGGGAUGAUCCGAUUUGUCUGAAUGUAGCUGACCGCAGCGCCUCUGUAUUGGAGUCUGGCUGGCUUACUCAAUCUUUCAAAUGGGAGAAAUUCAUUCCACCACUGGAAGAAGAAUCUACACUUGUGCUGAGAAAGAAUCUCGAGUCUGUCCUUCCAAGAUACCUUGAGGCAAUGACGAACAAUUGUGCAAAGUUCGUAUUUAACCUCAGUGGAAGGCCGGGGUGGUUUAUUGAGUCGUUUGUCUCGAGUAUUAAGUCAAAUUCUGCCGUAAUUCCAAUCGAGCUGCCUCUAAACCUACACAAAAGCAAGAAGUGGAUGGGAUUUGCAAUGUACGUAUCACUUGUAGAGGAAGUGGGGCAGACAGAGUUCUCCUCUUUUUACUGGGCAUCUAUUAUACUAGAAACUGGGGUUGCACAUUUUAAGGUUGAGGAACUACUACUUGAGCAGGUCAGGCCAUUGUCAGAAGAACGUCAUCAACUACUGGUUAUUUACAUACCGCGGGAAGAGAUUCCCGAAGUGUUGCUCAAUGACACAACUGCAACAUACUGGCACAUCAAGAUGGAUAGUCCCCAUGUAAUUGUUCAGAGAUGUGGAUUCCGUAUUGUGUACCAGAAAGAUAUACAAGGGUUUGCUGAUACUCUUAUCCAGUGCAUGCAGAGGCAAGAUUAUCAUUCUCUUGAAUCAUACGAUAAGCAGGUGGUAGAUCAAUGGAUAGGGUUGAUACGAUGGGAAGAUGAAAGAUUCUCUUUAGAGAGAAUGACAAAACGGGAUCCCAGAACCCCAAGGGAAAAAUACGUUGAUUUGCACUCACAAAAAUAUAGGAAUUUGGACUGGUCUGUCAAUCUUCCUGUAUUUUGUGGCUUCGAGAGAGCUGAUAUCUCCAAGUGGAAAUGGUUCGUGCCUUUCAUCAACGGAGGCCACUCGGAAGAAUGCCAACUGCCGCUGAAUGUGUUCGAUGAUGAUAAUUGGUUGGGGUUUGCUAUAUGUUAUCAGUUGUGCCGCAACCAAUAUCCUGAUUCAGAUGAUGUUAUUGUUACUUCCCGUCUGGAUUCUGAUGUUGCUUGGAGCGGCUUAUUUGAUAGAUAUGUAUAUGCAAAUAAUAAAAUGCUCGAGUCAGGGGGAUACUAUGCGACCCAUUUCCUCUAUAUACCACGCGCUGGAGUUCCUAGUAAGAUUUGGAGGAAAUGCAAAUUGGCCAGGGUAACUAUGUGGUUCUCUAGCCCCUGCUUAUCGGUAUCAGGAGUGCAUAGUUGUGCCCUUCGUCUACUAUUCAAGGAGGACGUUGAACAUCUAGCAGAAACACUCGCCCUCGCGGAACUACCUUGA